GUUUUCACUUAUGGUCUCUAUUUGAUACCUACUCUUUUUGUGUUUCAAAAUGUCAUUAUUCACAAAAGAAAAAACACCCAAAUGUUUUUUUUGAGAUUUGGUAAUGUAGGUUAAGAAACAGUUGGACUGAAUGAUUUUUUAUACAUUUUACACAUGUUCAAUUUUAUAGACAAUGUUCGUGAAGAGUUAUUACAAGAAUUUAUUGAUAUUCUAGAUUAUAUAUCACUCGAAAGUUUGAGUCUUUAUGAUAGGAUAACAGGAAAUCUGAUCAUAGUCCUACGAUCACGCUUUAAAAAACCCAGAUGUGAAGACAAUAACCUCGUAUAAAUCUAAUUCUGAAAAGUUUUGUAUAAGUAACAUCCACAGUUAAUAAAAACUUUUAGUAGGUAACAUGGAUGAAGAUACUGUAGAAGUGGUUGGAAUUACUGAAAAUCAGGCAGACAUUGGAGGUGGAGAGAUAAUCGAAAGCAAUGAAAUUAAUGUGACCGAUGGAACAGAGGGAAAUAAGGCGACUGAAAAAGCAGCAACAGAACAUAUUGAAGGAGAGCAGUUACAAGAAGAACAAACAGAAGGUGAGCACGUAGAAGGCGAACACGUAGAAGGAGAAUACGUUAAAGAUGAACAAAGUGACGCAGAGGGCAGAGAAGGCGAACAUUCAGAGGGAGAUGAAAAAGAAAAAAACAUGAGUGAAGGUGAAGAAUUAAUGGGCGAAGAACAACAAGGUGAACAUGUCGAAGUAGAAGAAGUCAAAGUUGAAGAGAAAGAAGAAGAAGUACCUGUUGUCGCAGAAGAGGUUGAAGAAGAAGAGGCUUAUGCUGAAGAACCUCCUCCAGACCCUUCUGCUCCUUACGAUUUUACCGAUUCAAAAGAAGCGCUUAGGGAACCAUUCGAGUUGAGACCGGAUCAACUUGCAGAAGUGGAACAACUUUGGGAGUUAUAUCAAAAUUACACCCCUGUUUAUACAGAUAUAGAUGGAUACAUAACAGAAAAAGAACUAGUAUACAUGUUAAAGGCUCUACUCCUUAUGACUUAUACUCCAGAGCAACUACAAGAGCUUAUAGCAUUUUGUGUGAGACCACCACAUCCUGAAGGGCAUAUUACUUAUGAACAAUUUUUGAAAAUGGUAAUUGUACGUCAAAGAGAAUUUCCAAUAGAAGAUGAGUUACGAUCGGCUCUUCAGGUUCUGGAUCCUGAAAGAACUGGUAGUAUGGAUAGAGAACAGUUGAAAGACCUCCUUGCGACUAAAGGUCAUAAAUUGACAGAUAAGCAACUAAAUAACCUAAUGAAAGAAGUGGAUAUAAGUAACGAUGGCACUAUUGGUGUUGAAGAUGUUGUGGGUACUAUGUGCAUAGAUUUAAAUAAAGAAGACAUACAAAUGCUGUUAGCUUCACUUAAUCCCAAUCCGCCAGAAGAACCUCCAGAUGAUCAAUUUUAGCAAAUUCUUAAUCUUGUACCUAUUUGUUUUAAAACAAAUUUUACAUUACCAAUAAUUUCAUGCAUGGUUUCAUAGAUCAACAUCAUAAAAUUAUUAUCUGUUGACAAAAGCUAAUAAAAUAAAAUAAACUUU